AACAACGAUCAUGAUUAAGAUUGAUUUGAGCAGACCACCUUCAAUAUUGCCUAAGUUUCUUCAACAUCCAUACGCUCGUCGUACGAAUAUAGAUCACCCUAUAGUGACAAGUAAAUGGAAAUUAGUAGCUAGUUACGGUAUGGAUUGGAUUAUAUGUGCUAUUUUACUCGGUUUACUUUAUCUAAUCAACAAUGUACAUGGCUAUUGGAGGGAGUUUGAUGUCAAUGAUGUUACCAUUAGACACACUUACGCUACGGAAGAGCGUGUACCAAUGACACUUUUGGGUAUAAUCAUUGGCUUGAUUCCAUUGGUAUGUCUUGUGGUUCUUUCCACUCAGUGGUAUCGAUCAUACACCGAUCUCCACCACUCGAUCUUGGGAUUCUUACUCACUAUAUCCUUAACGAUCUCUACUACAACCUCUAUUAAGGUCCUUGCGGGUAGGAUGCGCCCAGAUUUCAUUGAUCGCUGCCAGCCAACCGCAGGAAGUGUUAAUGCAGACGUCGGUCUUUCUACCGCCGCGAUAUGCACUCAGACAGAUUUCAAUAUCCUUCAAGAUGGCUUUAGGAGUUUUCCUAGUGGCCAUUCAAGUUCUUCAUUUGCAUUACUUGGAUACUUCAGUUUCUACUUGGCUGGUAAGAUGCAAAUUUUCGAUACAAAAGGACACACAAUCAAGUCUUGGAUUUGCUGGACACCAUGGAUUGGUGCGGUCUUGAUUGCAGUAUCCCGUACUAUGGAUUAUCGUCAUCAUGCUACAGACGUUAUCGCUGGUGCUAUUAUCGGUAGCUUUUUCGCCUAUGUUUGUUACAGGCAGUAUUACCCACAUUUGGGUGAGCCUUUAUCCCACAAACCACACAAUUCGAGGUACAUCGAAGCGAACGAUGCUUAUCGUUUGCCAACGCACCAAACUGAAGGCUAUGGCCUUGAGAGGGUCACGAAUGAACCUCAAUUACCACAGCAGAGUCACACUAUCAAUCACGCACGUGAUAGACUCGAUGAAGUACAUCUCAAUGAGCACAAGUAUGGACAAUAGGAGUAUUAGGUAUAAUGCAGAACAAGAGGUGUAUAACAAUAUGUCACAACUAACGCUAUCUGAUGAAACACACGUGUACUAGUAGAUGAAAGAUAUAUUUUCAAAGACAGAUGCAUUAAAUAC